CACGUGACUACUUCUCCGGAUUUUGCAGUUGUACUAUGCAUUUGAAUUAGUGUGAGUGGAAAACGUGUGAGACUUUGAGCUACAACGAGUCUACUUUGAUAAUAUAAUUGGAAGGAAAUUGUUAUGGAUGACGAAGAGGAAACGUAUAGGUUAUGGAAAAUCCGUAAGACGAUAAUGCAGUUGUGCCAUGACCGAGGAUAUCUGGUCACUCAAGAUGAAUUGGACCAGACCCUAGACGAGUUUAAAAGUCAGUUCGGCGACAAACCCAGCGAGGGUCGCCCACGACGGACAGAUCUUACGGUUUUGGUGGCUCACAACGACGACCCCACUGAUCAGAUGUUCGUUUUCUUCCCAGAGGAGCCCAAAGUGGGAAUAAAGACGAUCAAAAUGUACUGUCAGCGCAUGCAGGAAGAAAACAUUACCAGAGCUAUCAUCGUAGUGCAGAUGGGAAUGACUCCUUCGGCGAAACAGUCUCUGGUUGACAUGGCCCCAAAAUACAUCCUAGAGCAGUUUCUCCAACAAGAGCUUCUUAUCAACAUUACAGAGCAUGAGCUUGUUCCUGAACACAUAGUCAUGACCAAGGAAGAAGUGGUUGAGUUGCUGGCCCGGUAUAAGCUCAAGGAGAGCCAACUACCCAGGAUUCAGGCGGGUGACCCAGUGGCUAGAUACUUUGGACUGAAAAGAGGACAGGUGGUGAAGAUCAUCAGACCUAGUGAGACUGCAGGCCGGUACAUCACAUACAGACUUGUACAGUAGAGACAAAAGGUAUUCGGCAGGCUCUCGGAUUAACUUUGGCGCGUGAAGAUUUCACUGGACUAUGGAAUAAAAAAAAAUCAUACAUGUCUGACCCUUUGUAGAACUACCUAAUACUCUCAAAGGAGUUGGCAAAAACAUGACCCCCUUUAUUUGAUUACCUGUGCUGGAAUUCUUGCUAAAUCAAGAGGACUUGGUUUUGUAAAACAGCCAUUUAUUAAUUAAAACACUUUUUUACAAA